CGACGUUAUUUCUGAAUGAGUACUGCGUUAUUUCAGAAUGAGUACCACAUUUUUCAAAUGAACUAUUAUGCUUGUGCGAGAAUGAGUACUACUUUAUUUCGAAAUGAGUACUAAAUAGAUGUACGGUACCUCUUGAAUUCAAACGGUUCACCAUCGUUCGUUAGGGUUUUCAGUAACGUCCGGAUCUCAAUGGCGGAUGAGGAAGUUGUGGUUGCGGCCGAGACGACGACAUCGGUGUCGAACUCUGACAAUCACAAACGGAAGCUUGAGGAUUUGAAACACGCAGCACCAGGCGAGUCCGUCCUGAAGGUGGAAGCCGUUUCAGAUUCAGCCGAAAACCCCAAAGCUGAGGUGAUUGAGGGCGGAAAAGGUGAAAAGGAAGCUCAUGUUGAUGGGUCUGAAGCCAAGCGACUUCGCCUUGAGGAUAAAGUUGAUGACAUAGGUGCUGAGAAUGGACACAGAGAAGAGAAGAAAAGGGGGGAGUCAAAAGAGGAUGAUACUGUAGAGAAGUCACCCUGUUUGGAUAGUAAUAUACAGUUGGAUAAUGGCCCUGAGGUGGAUGAUAUACACAUAGAAGAGAAGAAAGGGCAUGAGUCAGAAGUGGACUAUUCUGGAGAGAAACCAGUUAGUUUGGAUCAUUGUAGACAGCUGGAUGAUGCCCCCAAGGUGGAUAAUGAAGCUCAGGAGACUACUAUCAGUGAACAACUUGCUCCAAUUAAUGAUUUAGAAACAAGUGAUGUUCAAGAAUCCAACAAUAAUGACGAACUUCAGAAAUAUUAUAAUACAGAAGAACCAUGUAAAGGUGAAGUUCAUGAGCCCUCUUCUAGUCUCCCUCAACAAGCAGGUGCUCCAAAUGAUCAAGAUAAAAAUAUAACAAUGGAGACCCAAACAGUAUCACACAUAUUGGAGGUCCCCAAUAACAAGGUUGGUGUGAUCAUUGGCAAAGGCGGAGAAACUAUUCGACAUCUGCAAUUCAAUUCUGGUGCCAAGAUUCAAAUCACCCGUGAUUCUGAUUCUGACCCUCAUUCUACAACUAGGCCUGUUGAGCUCAUAGGAACAUUGGAUAGUGUAGUCAAGGCUGAAAAAUUGAUAAAGGAUGUCAUAGCUGAGGCUGAUGCCGGAGGCUCUCCUUCCCUCGUGGCUAAGGGAUUUAACCCUGUGCAAUCUGUGGUUGGAGAUCAGAUUGAGAUGAAAGUUCCAAUUGAGAAGGUUGGUUUAAUUAUUGGAAAAAGUGGGGAAACUAUUAAAAACCUUCAAGCAAGAUCAGGAGCACGCAUUCAGCUUGUACAGCUUCCUGAUGGAGAACAAGUUAAAGAAAGAACAAUACGAGUUAGUGGUGAAAGAAAGCAGAUUGAGAGGGCCCGAGAAAUGAUACAAGAAGUCAUGGAUCAGGUCUGUACUCAUUUUAAAAUAUUCUUUUUAUAUAAGCCAUGAUUGGUCUGACAUAUUUUACUUUUGACGUUUAGUCAGAAGUACUGUUCUUAUUUCUGAUGCAUGAAUACACCUGCUUUAUUUAGUUUGCUGUUUCUUUUUCUGGUAUACAAAGAUCAAUCAUCUCUGUGAUAUUUUGACUAUAUGACUUGUUAAGUUAAAAUUGAUGUUAUUUGGUCUAUUGUGAAUGCUGAAUUGCAUAUAGGUUGAAUGAAUAAUGUCAUCCAACAUGCAUGUUUAUCUUUUUGUUUGUAGGUAUAACAUAAUGAAGUCAUGCUUAGCUCUUAUCUUUUCAUCACUUCUUUUAUUGUAAUAAUGUAAUUUAUUGUUU